CUCGUGGCUGGUGAAACCAACGCGAAUAUUGGAACAAGGCAUAGACUUUGCUUUGGAGGAACCUGUCGGUUUACUCCUUCUAACCUGGAAACAAUGGCUCUUUCUUCUGCUGGCUGCACCUGGUGUCCUGCCUACUGGCCCAAAGGAUGAAGUGGACUCAGUGUUUCAAUCAAUUACUCUGGUUGUCCAGAGAAACAAAAUCUCUCCUCCCAGAGGAUAACAAUCCUCCCAACUGCACAUCUGAGACUUGAAGCCACAAUGACAUAGAUGCCCCUAAAAGAAGGGGGCAAAAGCCAACUUUCUACCAGAUACAGAACUGAGAGUCUUUGUGAAGAUGCGGAAGAUCUUUCUGGAUCCAUAAUAACUUUUGCUAGUAAGUAUAUGUGCUGCUGAAGUGAGCACUCUGUUGAUUUUAUUGAAAGGGUGAGGUCAACAAAAUUCUCCUGGGCCCAUCCUCUUGACAGAGCCCACUGACUUUUAUCUCGAUAAAGAAGAAAAGACCGUGGUACUUCUCCACCAGCAAAGUCCUGUGGAAUCAUGAAUUUUUUUCACUACCAGAUAUUUAGAUUCAGCUGGUUCACCAAGCCAGCUGGCAGACAUUUCCACAGAAACCAUCAACUUGGGGCACACCUUGCUCUUGCUGACUUGGAAGCCAUCAAUCGUUGUGAAAUGUCACUGCCUAAGAACUUUAACUUUGCUGGGGAUGUGAUAGAUCAGUGGUCACUAAAAGAGAAGAUUGGGGAGAGACCAGCCAACCCAGCCCUGUGGUGGGUGAAUGGCCAAGGAGACGAGGUGAAAUGGAGCUUCAGAGACCUGAGUACCUUAUCCCGAAAGGCUGCCAAUAUGCUCACCAAGCCUUGCAACCUGCAGAGAGGAGACCGAGUGGCUGUGAUUCUACCCAGAAUCCCUGAAUGGUGGCUUAUCAAUGUGGCUUGCAUGCGGACAGGGCUUGUCUUCAUGCCAGGAACAACCCAGCUGACAGCAAAAGACAUCCUCUACCGACUGAAAGUAUCCAAGGCCAAGUGCAUUGUGGCCAGUGAAGAGGUGGCCCAAGCAGUGGAGUCCAUUGCAUCAGAGUGCCCUAACCUGAAGACUAAACUCCUGGUGUCUCCACAAAGCCACCAUGGAUGGCUCAACUUCCAAGACCUAUUUCAAUCUGCUUCUGAAGAGCACAGCUGUGUGGAGACAGGAAGUCAAGAACCAAUGGCCAUUUAUUUCACCAGUGGAACCACGGGCUCCCCUAAGAUGGCUCAGCACUCACAGAGUAGCCUUGGUAUUGGGUAUGCCCUUUGCGGAAGGUACUGGUUAGACUUGAAGUCCUCAGAUAUCAUGUGGAAUAUGUCUGAUACAGGCUGGAUCAAAGCUGCCAUUGGUAGUGUAUUUUCUUCCUGGCUUCGGGGUGCCUGUGUUUUUGUGCACCAGAUGGUCCAGUUUGACACUAACACCUUCCUAGAUACGCUUACCACUUACCCCAUCACAACCUUGUGCUGUGCUCCUACCGUGUACCGGAUGCUUGUGCAGAAAGACCUUAAAAGAUAUAAAUUCAAGAAGCUGCAGCACUGCUUAACAGGAGGAGAACCACUCAACCCCGAGGUGCUAGAACAGUGGAAGAUGCAAACUGGACUGGAGUUGUAUGAAGGCUAUGGACAGACAGAAGUGGGAAUAAUUUGUGCCAAUCAGAAAGGACAAGAAAUUAAGCCAGGCUCCAUGGGGAAAGGAGUAUUACCCUAUGAUGUCCAGAUUAUAGAUGAAAAUGGCAAUAUUUUACCAUCUGGCACAGAAGGGGAAAUUGCCCUCAGACUAAAGUCCACACGGCCCUUCUGUUUCUUCUCUGAAUAUGUGGAUAAUCCAGAAAAAACUGCUGCCACCAUGAGAGGAGAUUUCUAUGUCACUGGAGACCGAGGAGUGAUGGACAGUGAUGGCUAUUUUUGGUUUGUUGGAAGAGCUGAUGAUGUCAUUAUAUCCUCUGGGUACCGCAUCGGACCCUUUGAAGUGGAGAGUGCGUUGAUUGAGCACCCAGCAGUUGUGGAAUCAGCUGUUGUCAGUAGUCCAGAUCCAAUCCGAGGAGAGGUGGUGAAAGCUUUUAUUGUCUUAUCUGCACCCUUCAAAUCAUCUAACCCUGAACAGUUAAUUCUUGAGCUUCAGGAUCAUGUGAAAAAAUCAACUGCACCUUACAAAUAUCCAAGAAAGGUGGAAUUUGUUAAAGAACUUCCAAAGACAAUCACCGGGAAAAUCAAACGCAACGUGUUACGAGAACAAGAAUGGGGUCGAGCAUAGUUUAAUAAGAGCACUGAUGCUUGCCUUCCUUCAGUACUUGCUCUAGGAUAUUUCUGAAGAUUUAGUAACUACUCUCCUAAAAAUGUAAGAUUUUUCCUGGAUGAAAACUGAGUUGUUCUGUACUUAACUAAAAAGAAUUUAAUCAUACUUGGAGAUUACUGUUAUGACCAAACUGACAAAGCAAGGACUUAAAAUAACAGAAGUCAAAUGAUUACUUAAAAGGGGACAGUGUUCAAUGGAUCUGUUUAUCUUGCCCUGAUUAAUCUGUAAUAAAGACAAAACUAUGAAAAAUGUUCAAUACAGAAUUUUUUCAGCUUAACAACUUCAAUGCUUUAGGUGAAUAA